CAAUACGCAUCAUUGAAAUAUGAUUUAGAAUUUCCCGCUCCAUUCAAAGUUGAAAGAAUUCAGACUUCGUUAAAAACUAAACUUAUUCCGCAGAAGACGAUGAUAUAUGCACCAUAACAGAAUAAUGGAUGAUAUUGACAAGAAAGAAUUUUUACUUCAGCUGCAUCAGAACUAUUUACCAGUGUUUAAAGACUAAAGGAAGAUGUUAUACACAGAAUGGUAGAAUUAUUGCGAAAUAUUUCCAUUAAGUUGGGAUUAAUAGCAACAUUUCUCCACGUCGCUUGCUAAGAUAUUUACAAGACAGUUUUGCAAUUUAACUAAACUUAAAAUUGCAGAUGAGUUUGCACUCUUUUCGGAUAUCACAAACGGAACAUCUGAUGGGAGUGUAGCAGAAGAGAGAUUUGUCGAGAAGACAACGUACAUCAAAGAGAAGAGAAUAUUUCUCGUGUUGUAAGUUGAAAAGAAUUAUGGAAAAUCAAUUAUCUGAAAAGAAAGUAAAUUGUAAAAGACAGUAUAAAACGAUGAACUUUUCCAAUAAGAUAGGGAAAACUUUGUACCACUGUGACAUCUGUAAGAAGUCAUUCAAUCAAAAAAGUAACCUCACUACUCACAGGCAAAUUCAUUCAGGAUUCAAGCCAUAUUAUUGUGAUAUAUGUGGUAAAUCUUUCACUCAAAAAAGUUGCUUUUCUCGACACAGGGAUAUUCAUAUAGGAAAGAAGCCAUAUGAAUGUGAUAUUUGUGGUAUAUCAUUCACUCAAAAGGGUAACCUAACUACUCACAAGCGUAUUCAUACAGGAGAGAAACCAUAUCAUUGUGGUAUCUGUGGUAAAUCAUUUUCUCAAAGUAAUGACUUGACUACUCACAAACGAAUUCACACGGGAGAGAAGCCAUAUCACUGUGGUAUUUGUGGUAAAUCAUUUUCCGAAACAACUCACUUAACUACUCACAAACGUAUUCACACAGGAGAGAGACCUUAUUACUGUGAUAUAUGUGGUAUAUUAUUCACUCAGAAAGGUAAUCUAAUUAUUCACAAACGUAUUCAUACAGGAGAAAAACCAUAUGACUGUGAUAUUUGUGGAAAAUCGUUCUCCGUAAGUAGCAGCUUAACUACACACAAGCGCAUUCAUACAGGAGAGAAACCAUUCCACUGUGAUAUCUGUGGCAAAUCUUUCUCUGAAACUGGUAACUUUUCUAAACACAAACGUAUUCAUACAGGUGAACAACCAUAUCACUGUGAUGUCUGUGGUAAAUCAUUCUCUGUAAAAAGUCACUUAACUACUCAUAAUUUCAUUCACACAGGAGAGAAACCUUAUCAUUGUGAUAUCUGUGGUAAAUCAUUCUCUGUGACAGGUCAGUUAACUACUCAUAAACGCAUUCAUACAGGAGAGAAACCAUAUCACUGCAACAUCUGUGGUAAAUCAUUCACUCAGACAGGUAGUUUAAGUAGACACAAGUGCAUCUCUUUAGGAGAAAAACUGUAUAAUUGAUAGCUGUGAUUCAUUCUCUCAAAAUUUGUCUCUGAACUCGAUAUUUAUUUAUUCCUGUCUUGUAUAACCAUUAUUAAAUUUACAAAGCAAAAUUAUAUAAUGAUGUCAUCAAAACCUCUCAACAUUAUAUUUUGUACGACACCACAACUAUCUCGACAGUGAUGAGGAAGCCUUAGGUGCUUUCCAAAUACUCAUACAUAUUCCAUUACACAUUCUAUGACUUAUUUGACAUUUUGUAUAAAUGCUCAAAAAUAUAUUUACAUAUUAUUAUCAUAAAUUAUAAAUUACAUCAUUGUACAGUUAUUGUGUUACGAGCAAAUACACAAGCCAUUUAAAGACAAGAAUUCGACAUACAAUAAAUAGGAUAUACACACACACACACAGAGUCUGAUAUAUAUUCUUCUAUGUAUCUUAUGCAUAUUCUGUUUGAAAUUCUAUGAAAUGGAUGAUACUGUCAGUAAGAUUUUAUACAAUUUUA